GUGUGUGUGUGUUUGUUUCCUAUCGGACGCAUGUAGUAGCGACCACAAGACAACGGGAAGAGAUUUUGAAUUUUUUUUUAAAGAUUUAACUUCAAGUGGAAUUUUUUUCCGUCCCUCGAGAUGUCUCGGGGCUCUAUUGAGAUCCCUUUACGGGACACAGAUGAGGUUAUUGAGCUUGACUUUGACCAGCUGCCAGAAGGAGACGAAGUCAUCAGCAUCCUGAAGCAGGAACAUACACAGCUUCACAUAUGGAUCGCUUUAGCGCUGGAGUACUACAAGCAGGGCAAAACAGAAGAUUUUGUCAAGCUUUUAGAGGCAGCUCGUAUCGAUGGAAACCUGGACUACAGAGACCAUGAGAAGGAUCAGAUGACCUGUCUGGACACAUUGGCAGCUUACUAUGUCCAGCAAGCACGUAAGGAGAAAAACAAAGAUGCCAAGAAAGAGCUCAUCACGCAAGCUACGCUGCUCUAUACGAUGGCAGACAAGAUCAUCAUGUAUGAUCAGAACCAUCUGUUGGGAAGAGCCUGUUUCUGCCUGCUGGAAGGAGACAAGAUGGACCAGGCUGGCCAGUUCCACUUUGUCCUCAACCAGUCCACCAACAACAUCCCUGCUUUACUAGGUAAAGCCUGCAUCUCCUUCAAUAAGAAGGACUACAGAGGAGCUCUGGCAUACUACAAAAAGGCUCUACGUACAAACCCUGGCUGCCCAGCCGAGGUGAGGUUGGGGAUGGGCCACUGUUUCGUGAAGCUCAGCAAACUGGAGAAGGCUCGUUUGGCUUUUGAUCGAGCCCUGGAGCUCAAUUCCAAGUGUGUAGGAGCUCUUGUCGGUCUGGCGGUUUUAGAGCUCAACAGCAAGGAAGCGGAUUCCAUCAAGAAAGGAGUGCAGCUCCUGUCACGGGCCUACACCAUCGACCCCAGCAAUCCCAUGGUGCUCAACCACCUGGCCAACCACUUCUUCUUCAAAAAGGAUUACAGUAAAGUGCAGCAUCUGGCCCUCCACGCUUUCCAUAACACAGAGGUUGAAGCCAUGCAGGCCGAGAGCUGCUACCAGCUAGCUCGCUCAUUUCAUGUGCAGGAGGACUACGACCAAGCGUUUCAGUAUUACUACCAGGCCACUCAGUUCGCCUCGUCUACCUUUGUGUUGCCCUUCUUUGGCCUCGGUCAGAUGUAUGUGUAUCGAAGAGACAAGGAGAACGCGGCACAGUGCUUCGAAAAGGUUUUAAAGGCCUAUCCCAACAACUACGAGACUAUGAAAAUUCUGGGGUCUCUGUACGCAACAUCUGACGAUCAGGAGAAGAGAGACAUCGCCAAAGGUCAUUUGAAGAAGGUGACAGAGCAGUACCCAGAUGAUGUGGAGGCGUGGAUAGAGCUGGCUCAGAUCCUGGAGCAGACUGACAUUCAAGGUGCGCUGUCAGCGUACGGCACAGCCACCCGUAUCCUGCAAGAGAAGGUGCAGGCUGACGUUCCCCCUGAGAUCCUUAACAACCUGGGGGCUCUUCACUUCAGACUGGGCAACCUCGGAGAGGCAAAGAAAUACUUUCUUGCGUCUCUGGAGCGAGCCAAGGCUGAAGGAGAACAUGACGAGCAUUACUACAACGCCAUUUCUGUCACCACCUCCUACAAUCUGGCCCGUCUGUACGAGGCGAUGUGCGAAUUCCACGAAGCUGAGAAACUCUACAAAAACAUCCUGAGGGAGCAUCCUAACUAUGUGGACUGUUAUCUGCGUCUCGGAGCGAUGGCUCGUGACAAAGGAAACUUCUAUGAAGCUUCUGAUUGGUUCAAAGAGGCUCUGCAGAUCAACCAGGAUCACCCAGAUGCCUGGUCCCUGAUAGGGAACCUCCACUUGGCCAAACAGGAAUGGGGUCCGGGUCAGAAGAAGUUUGAGCGUAUUCUGAAGCAGCCGUCCACACAGAACGACACGUACUCCAUGCUGGCUCUGGGCAACGUGUGGCUGCAGACUCUGCACCAGCCAACCAGAGAUAGAGAAAAGGAAAAGAGACACCAGGACCGAGCCCUGGCAAUUUACAAACAAGUGCUGCGAAAUGACUCCAAGAACCUCUAUGCUGCAAAUGGCAUCGGUGCCGUCCUGGCCCACAAGGGUUUCUACAGAGAGGCUCGAGAUGUGUUCGCACAGGUGAGGGAGGCCACAGCAGACAUCAGUGAUGUCUGGUUGAAUCUGGCUCACAUCUACGUGGAGCAGAAGCAGUACAUCAGCGCUGUGCAGAUGUAUGAGAACUGCCUGAAGAAAUUUUACAAAUAUCAGAACACAGAGGUGCUGCUGUACCUUGCGAGGGCGCUCUUCAAAUGUGGGAAACUCCAAGAGUGCAAGCAAAUGCUGCUAAAGGCCCGCCACGUAGCCCCCAGUGACACAGUGCUGAUGUUCAACGUGGCUCUGGUGCUUCAGAGACUGGCCACUCUUGUGCUGAAAGAUGAGAAGAGCAACCUGAAGGCUGUGCUCAGUGCCGUCAAAGAGCUUGAGCUGGCUCACAGGUACUUCAGCUACCUCAGCAAGGCCGGGGACAAGAUGAGGUUUGACCUUGCUCUUGCGGCUUCUGAGGCCAGGCAGUGCUCUGACCUGCUGAGUCAGGCGCAGUACCAUGUGGCGAGAGCCAGAAAGCAGGAUGAGGAGGAGAAGGAGCUCCGGGCCAAACAAGAACAAGAGAGGGAUAUAUUGCGUCAGCAGAUGAUGAAAGAACAGGAGGAAAAGAGGAGCAGAGAGGUGGAGGAACAAAAGAAGCUCCUGGAGCAGAGAGCUUUGUUCGUGGAGAAGACCAAGAACCUGCUCUCCUUCGCUGAGGGAUCAAAGGAAUUGGCCAAAGAGAAGAAAAAAGGAGGCGGAGGAGGACGUCGUAAGAAAGGAGGCGACGGGGACGACUUUGUCAACGACGACUCUGACGAGGACCUGCCAGUCAGGAGGAAGAAGAAGAGGAAGGGUGGCAGUGGCAGUGAGCAGGAGGAGGGAGGCGAGGAGAAGUCUCGCAAGAAGAGGAGGAGGCCUGCUAGAGGAGGAGAUGACAGCGAUGACGAGGAAGGAGGAUCUCGACCCAAGAAGCAGCGCAAACCCAAAGAGCGCAAGAAGUUUGAAAAGCCUCAGCCUGAGCGUCUGCCACCAUCUCUCAAAGGAAAGAUCAAGUCGAAGGCCAUCAUCUCUUCCUCUGACUCCUCUUCAGAUGAGGAUGGACUGAAAAUAGCUGAAGACAGACAACAGAGAGACAGUGGUUCAGGAUCUGAUGACGAGGGCGGCCACAAGAAGCGCAUUGCAUCCGACAGCGACUCAGAUGGUGGAAGGAACCAGUCGGGCAGUGACGCAGGCAGCCCGCGGCGCUCUGCAGGCUCAGGGGGGGACGACUCUGGCAGCGACCGUCCAGUGAGGAAGAGGAGGGUGCAGCGGCAGUCCGACUCGGAGCAGUCAGACAACGGGAGCAAAAGGGGUCGGUCAGGAUCAGACAACGAGUCCCCUCCAGGUUCGCCUGCAGCAGCUUCUGACCGAGGAUCAGAGCGGGGAUCUGAUGCUGGCUCCCCACGCCCUCAGAGCGGCUCUGAACCUGAAGCCUCCAACAAUGAUGACAGUGAUUAAAUCUUGAACCCUCCCUCACAGACUUCUUACCCGUACAAUUCAAAGAUAAUCUUCACAUCUGCAUUUUUGUUGUUUUCUAUUAAAAGCAGGGAUUUCUGUCUGUAUGAGCUCUUGGAAUUAGCCUAGAAGGUGUAUGUCCUCUGGCACAGCGUUAAAGCCUUUCCUCAUGUCUUACCAGAGAUGUCUUUUCACAGAUGCUAUGUUUUGUUAGAGACACAUGAGGUAGUUUGAAGUGGAAUAAAAUGUGAACUCAUCUUUUUAGGGUUUUUUUUAUUUUUUAUCUCUGAUGAUCAGAAAAGACACUGACCCAAAAAAUGGUAAGAUCCUUCAACAUGUCAAAUAAAAAAAGAAACAAGGAAUUGUAUUUUCUUUAAGCAAACAAUGAGGCAAAUGAAAAAUACUGUUUGCUACGUGUGAGUCUGUUCAUUCUUAUGACCUUACUUAACCUGAAAUGUGAUGAAGAAUAAGCUCCAAAAAAGGAAACUGUUUUAAGAGGAAAAUGUGCUGUAUAAUAAUUCAAACGCAUAUCAUUUUUAUUAACUAUAACGUGAAGAUUACUUCUGAGCUGAAUCAUGGAUUUAAAGUACAAGAAAUUGAUUUCACCGAUCAGUUAUUUGGCUUGCUGUGAAUACAAAUAUGGAUAUUUAUAGUAGUCUGUGAAAUGAGGGGACGAGACACACAGCUCGAUACAGAAGUGCUUUGUCUCUAUCCAAUAUGUUAAUCACAAGUUUGAUUUAAGAGAGAUGCUGGAUGCAAAAUAUUUGGAGCUGAGUAGCUUUCAACUGAUGUCUUUAUUGAAGCCCAUCUGACUGACUUCUAAUUUAGUAGGACCUUGGUCAAGGACCAAGUGAAGAGCUUAUUUGCAAAGCAGUAAAUUGUUUUUAAAAAAUGUCAAAAAAAAACAUUUAUUUCAGGUAAUGUUACUCAGACUGAAGUUGGGUUUUUGCACCAGAACACAUUUUGGAUCACAAAACCUUCUCUAUUUUAAAGUGCUAAUAAAAACUUUCAGGGCACUGUU